UCUCAACUCUAUAUAUUAAAAACGACGCUCUUUCUCUUUCUAAAGCUUGCCUUUUGAAUCUUAGAACUCGAAAAUCAGGUUAAUUUCAAUCCAUACAUACGUCUAGGUACAAACUUUCUAGUUUUGUUUAAUGCUUUGUGUUGUUCUCCUCCGAGGCCUGUAAAUAUGAAGAAGCAGAACUCCAUGACUUCUAAUUUUGGAGAAUUUGCUGGACGAGUAACACGUGCUCGAGCUGCUGCCUUGUGCUCGGCUGGACAGAUGCCUCCUUCAAAAGCACCUAGGGAAGAAAAUAAAACAAGGGCUCUGCGAGGAAAUCCAAAACGAGCAGCCUUGGAUGAGAACAACAACAAUGCACCUGAUAAUCCACAACAUCAGCAUAAGAGAAGAGCAGUGCUUCAGGAUGCCACAAAUGUUUUCUGUGGGAGUUCUUACAAGAGCUGCUUUAAUGCAACUAAAAUUCAGGCUAAAAACAUUAAGCAGGCAAAAAGAGGUCAGACCAGGGUAACCAAAGUGGUUCCUUCUGUUUCUGUAGAACCGCUGCAGGUUCAAGCGAAUUCAAAAACAAAAAUCAUCAAAGACAUAGUGAAAGAAGAAUCUAAACCGGAAGAACUUUCAACUAGUUUGGGUACAGAUAAACCUCUGCGCUCAACUACUAUUCAGGAGGGUGGCAUAGACAAUCAAAGGAUUGCAGACCAGAGUUCCCUGAUGCCUUCAGAGUCUCAAAGUUCUCCAAAUAAAGAGGAGAAAGGCAGCCUUCAUGAGAAGUUGAUGACAUCAUGUGAUCCUGACUACAUGAACAUUGACUCUGAUGAUACAGAUCCUCAAUUGUGCAGCCUCUAUGCUGCUGAUAUCUACAGCAAUUUGCGUGUUGCUGAGCUCAUCCGAAGACCAUCUCCUAGUUUUAUGGAAACAAUACAACGUGAUAUAACUCAAACCAUGCGGGGGAUUCUGGUUGAUUGGCUUGUGGAGGUCUCUGAAGAAUAUAAGUUGGUGCCAGAUACGCUUUACAUGACAGUAUACCUCAUUGAUUGGUUUCUCAGUCAAAAUUACAUUGAAAGACAAAAACUUCAACUGCUUGGCAUCACUUGCAUGUUGAUUUCCUCGAAGUAUGAAGAAAUAUGUGCACCACGAGUAGAAGAAUUUUGCUUCAUCACUGACAACACUUACACAAGAGAGGAGGUUCUAAAGAUGGAGAUACGUGUACUAAAACAUUUUGGCUUUCAAUUAUUUGCACCAACUGCAAAAACCUUUCUGAGGAGAUUUCUUCGAGCAGCACAAGCUUCUUACAAGAGCCCUAGCCUUGAAUUGGAGUAUUUGGCCAAUUUCCUAGCAGAAUUGACGUUGGUGGAUAAUGGCUUCUUGAAUUUCCUUCCUUCCGUCAUUGCUGCGUCAGCUGUGUUUCUUGCCAGAUGGACACUGGAUCAAUUAUGUCACCCAUGGAAUGCAACUCUUGAACAUUACACUUCCUACAAGCCAUCUGAUCUGAAGAUGACAGCGUUUGCAUUACAAGACUUACAACUGAAUACCAAUGGUUGUCCUCUGAAUGCCAUACGCAUGAAGUAUCGGCAACAAAAGUUUAAAUCUGUCGGAACUUUGUCAUCUCCAAGACUGCUUGAAACACUUUUUUGAAGACAAGUGGUUAAGUGAGUCAUCUACAUAGGGAGGGGGCUGCAAACAGAUAACAUUUAGCUUUCAGGUGGAAGUUGCUUUGCUUUUGUUAGUUUCUCCACGAGAGGUUGGUUGUACAAUGUCUAAUUCUUAGUUUCUAGAGUUAAAUUCAUUUUCUUCUCAAUCUUUGUAGUCUUUGUUCAUAUGUUCUUGCCACUUCCAUCUGAGUUUUGGUUCUUCCAAAACUGCGUCUUUUUGUAAGGUUUGUAUUUGGCAAUGCAGGAAUGACUUCCCACUAA